CCCGCGGCCAAUGGGGUGCGGCUGGGCGGGGCUGCUCUGCGCUGGGAUCCGGAAGCGGUCGGGAUGGCGGCGAGCGGCGGCGCGCCCGGCGGGGCAGGCCUAGUGGAGCUGAACGUGGGCGGACGCAGGUUCUGCACCUCCCGCCAGACACUCGCCUGGGUGCCGGACUCCUUCUUCUCCAGCCUGCUCAGCGGCCGUAUCUCCUCGCUGCGGGACGAGACCGGCGCCAUCUUCAUCGACCGGGACCCCGAUCUCUUCGCCCCCAUCCUCAACUUCCUCCGCUGCAAGGAACUGGACCUCAGGGGGAGCGACGUCUCGCUGCUGCUGCACGAAGCCCAGUUCUACGGGAUCACGCCUCUCAUUCGACGCCUGCAGUUGCAAAAGGAAUUGGAGCGGUCCUCUUGUGGAAGCGUCUUGUUUGAAGGCUAUCUGCCCCCCCCUUCUGGUAGGGCUCGGGCCACUGGAGUCAUGGGCUGUGGCUGUCUCCCUGUGGUCCAGCCAGCUCUCGCUCUCGUUUCCCUUGCAGUGUUUCCUGCCAAGCGGUGGAACCGCCACAGCAUCACGGGGGGGCAGUUGACUGCCCGGCCGGGCAACCCCCUGGUGCGCCGGAGCAAUACCAUGCCCCCCAACCUUGGCGCAGGGCUUCUGGGGAGAGUGGAGGAGAGGAGCACGGCAGCCGGAGCCACAAAUGAUCCAGGCAUGGUUCGUCUUAUCUGUGGCCAUCAUAACUGGGUCGCUCUGGCUUACGCUCACUUCCUUAUCUGCUACAGGGUAAAGGAGGCCUCUGGCUGGCAGCUGGCUUUCUGUAGCCCCCGGCUGGACUGGGUCAUCGAGCGUGUGGCAUUAAAUGCCCGGGUGCUUGGUGGGUCCCUGGGUGAUAGCGACAAAAUGGUGGCUGCUGCCUCUUGCAGCGAAAUCCUUCUAUGGGCCCUUCAGCCUGAUGGGAGCGGCACUGAGAUUGGAGUGUUCUGUUUAGGGGUCCCCCUAGAAGGUCUCUUCUUUGUUGGCAGCCAGCUUAUUGCCACCAGCCAUACAGGGAAGAUUGGCGUCUGGAACGCAGUUACCAAACACUGGCAGACUCAAGAUGUGGUUCCCAUCAACAGCCAUGAUGUCGCGGGCUCCUUCCUGCUCCUGGGCUGCCACAAUGGCUCCAUCCAUUAUGUUGAUGUUCAGAAGUUCCCCCUGCGCAUGAAGGACAAUGACCUCCUGGUGACCGAGCUAUACCGUGACCCUGCGGAGGAUGCUAUCACUGCCCUCAGUGUCCACCUCACUCCCAAGAGCAGCCACAGCGGAAAUUGGAUUGAAAUUGCCUAUGGCACCAGUUCAGGGAUGGUACGAGUGAUUGUCCAGCACCCAGAGACGGUGGGCUCAGGGCCCCAGCUCUUCCAGACCUUUGCUGUUCAUCGUAGCCCUGUCACCAAGGUGAUGCUCUCGGAGAAGCACCUUAUCUCAGUCUGUGCUGAUAGCCACAUACGGACGUGGACGGUGACUCGAUUCCGUGGGAUGAUUUCUACGCAACCAGGCUCCACCCCGUUGGCUUCCUUCAAGAUUCUGGCUCUGGACUCGGUGGAUGGGCAGGGGGGCUGCAGUGCGGGCACAGAUAUUGGGCCUUUUGGCGAGCGUGAUGACCAACAGGUGUUCCUCCAGAAGGUGGUUCCAGAUGCCAGCAAGCUGUAUGUGCGCCUCUCCUCUACUGGAAAGAGGAUAUGCCAGGUGUGCUCAGUUGACAGUUCAUUCAUCACGGCCUUCCUGGUCCAGGAGUGUGAGGGCUCCAGCCGCAUUGGCUCCCGUCCACGCCGUUACCUCUUUACUGGCCACAGCAAUGGCAGCCUCCAGAUGUGGGACCUCACCACCGCAAUGGAGAUGAGGGACCACCCCCCAGAUUGUGGUGGUCUCUCAGAAGAAGAGCUGCUGUCUGAGUUGGGGCAAUGUGACCUGGCCCUUACCCACACCUUGGAAACAAGUCCUACAGGGUCUUUCACUCUGACCAGUACUUCUGGCAUCAGCCGCCCCCAGAAUCAAGACACCAGUGGGACCUGCGAGAAGCCAUUGAAAGCUUCCCCAGCCAGGUUGGACUUCCAACGAGGAGACCACCACCGACAACAACUGUGCGGGAACUUCUUGGACCGAUCUGCCGAGGGCCAGUGGGUCAGCCACUCUCAGGAUGGGCUCUCUGCUAGCCUUCUGAGCCAAAGAUCGCUCACUCUCCAUCCUGUCCCCCUGGGGCCCACCCUCCCCCUAGCCCCAUCUAGAGUGCCACUCAGUGAAACCUCUUUUUGACCUCUUGCUGUUUUUGGGGAGCAAGGGAGCCACCGGUGAUUCCUGCUGCUGCAUUCCCCCUCUUGCAGCUCCUGUGGCCUGGAGCUCUGGAGUGGCGCCUGCUGUGGAGCUGCCGUCCCGCCUCCUUCAGGGCGCAGAACUUCCUCCCCAUAACUGUGUCCCAAGCCCUUUCCAAGCCUCUCAGGGCCUUAAUCCUCUGGCAGGGUUGUUUUUUCUCCUGUGUGGUGCUCAAAAGCCGCUUGCAUUAGGUCAGUGGUUCUCAACCUUUCUAAUGCCGCGACCCCAUAAUACAGUUCCCCAUGUUGUGGUGACCCCCAACCACUUAUACAUCACCA